AUGAAAAUUCUUAUAUGGAUUAAAGCAGUCUCCAAGAGCAUGGUUUGUGAGGUUUGCAACAUCUAUGAAGAAAUUAGGGCAGAAAUGCAAAAUCUUCAGAAGUAUCUGGCUUCUGAGUUUGAGAUGAAAUCAUUGGGUGAUUUGAAGUACUUUCUUGGAAUUGAAGUUGCCAGAUCUAAACAUGAAAUGCAAAAUCUUCAGAAGUAUCUGGCUUCUGAGUUUGAGAUGAAAUCAUUGGGUGAUUUGAAGUACUUUCUUGGAAUUGAAGUUGCCAGAUCUAAACAUGUUCCUAUUGAUAAAGAGCGUUAUCAACGACUUGUAGAGAAAUUGAAUUAUUUAGCUCAUACACGUCCUGAUAUUGCAUAUGUCGUGAGUGUAGUGAGUCAAUUUAUGCAUUCUCCUAGUAAAGAUCAUAAGGGUGUUGUGAUGCGUGUUUUGAGGUAUCUGAAAGUAACUCCUGGCAAAGGGUUAAUGUUUUCCAAGUAUGGUCAUACAGAUGUGGAAGGGUAUUUCACAUUUGUUGGUGGUAAUCUUGUUACUUGGAGGAGUAAAAAGCAAAAAGUGGUGUCUCGGUCUAGUGCCAAAGCCGAGUAUCGUGGGAUGGCUCAAG